AUGGUCGCAAAUUCGUCAGAACACUCGAAAGCUCCAGAGCAGCCGGAGCAAGAGCUGCGCCCUCAAUUCAUGGAUAGUUUCGUCAAGGCUGUCAAUGUGAAAGCGGAGCCUCAACUCGAAAUGUCCGAAUUCAAGCUUAAGGAGCUUAAUGGAGAGAUUCCGCCAGAGCCAUUCCUCGUUUCGAAUCCUAAUCGCUUCGUGCUCUUUCCCAUUCAGGAACACGAUGUGUGGCAGAUGUACAAGAAGGCGGAAGCCUCGUUCUGGACAGCUGAGGAACUCGAUCUAGUACACGACCUUAAGGACUGGGCAAGCCUUACAAACAACGAGCGCUAUUUUAUUAAGCAUGUGCUUGCUUUUUUCGCAGCUAGUGAUGGAAUUGUCAAUGAAAAUCUGGCUAUGAAUUUCAGCAAUGAAGUGCAGGUGCCAGAGGCUCGCUGUUUCUACGGCUUUCAAAUCGCUAUUGAGAAUAUUCACUCGGAGGUGUAUUCGCUUCUUAUCGAUACGUAUAUCAAGGACGCGAUUGAGAAGGACCAUCUAUUGCGUGCAAUUGAAACCAUCCCUUGCGUCACAAAAAAAGCUCAUUGGGCGCUUAAGUGGUGCGAUCCACGAGUAUCUUCAUAUCCGGAGAGGCUGUUAGCUUUUGCUGCAGUAGAGGGUAUUUUUUUCUCAGGCUCAUUCUGCUCAAUCUUUUGGCUUAAGAAGCGUGGUCUGAUGCCUGGUCUUAGCUUUUCAAAUGAGCUCAUUAGUCGGGAUGAAGGUCGUGUACACGAAAUUAUACGGGAGGCCGUGUUGAUUGAGCGCGAAUUCGUACGCGACUCGCUCCCAGUUGAGUUGAUAGGCAUGAAUUCAGGGCUCAUGUGUCAGUACAUAGAAUUUGUGGCUGACCGUUUGCUCUACUCGCUUGGUGUAUCCAAGAUCUACAAUGUGAGGAACCCGUUCGAUUGGAUGGACAUGAUUUCUCUUCAAGGUAAGACGAACUUUUUUGAAAAGCGUGUUGGCGAGUACUCGAAGGCUGGCGUUGGUGUUGCUGCCGAAGAGCAGGUAUUUACCUUGGACGCCGAUUUUUAA